ACCGCUCCGCCGGCGGCGCUCCCGCGGGGCAGCGCCCUCCGCCGCGCUCGCUCGGGCUCGAGUCGAGCCGGGGCAGCUGGCGAGCCCGUCCGGAUAAUAAUAACAAUUAAUAAUUAAUAAUAAUACAAGCAGAGGAGAAGAGGGAGAAGCGGAAGAAGCGAGCGGAUAAUGUCAACCCCGAGCAGAUUCAAAAAGGACAAAGAGAUUAUAGCGGAGUAUGAAAGUCAAGUGAAAGUCAGAGGUGAUGGAUGGUAGCAUCGGAAGGAAGCAGGUCAGUGCUGCUGAGGCUCCAGAAGUCCCCUGCUGACCAUUAUACAGCCUAUUGGAAAUCACUGACCGUGGCUUGACGGUGUGUCAUGUCUGAUCUCUGCUUUGGACGGAGCUGGACAUCAGGAAGAGCGCAGAUGGAUCUGGACAGGUGGCAGUGGAGAUCCGAGCUCAACUCAUAGAGCAGCAGAAAUGCCUGGAGCAGCAGACUGAAAUGAGAGUGCAGCUUCUUCAGGAUCUGCAGGACUUCUUCCGCAAGAAGUCGGAAAUAGAGAUGGAGUAUUCCCGAAACCUGGAAAAAUUGGCAGAGAGGUUCAUGGCAAAAACAAGAAGUACAAAAGACCAUCAGCAGUACAAGAAAGAUCAGAACCUCUUAUCACCAGUGAAUUGCUGGUAUUUACUCCUGAACCAAGUGAGAAGAGAAAGCAAAGACCAUGCAACGUUGAGCGAUAUCUACCUGAACAACGUCAUCAUGCGCUUCAUGCAGAUAAGCGAAGACUCCACCAGAAUGUUCAAGAAGAGCAAAGAGAUUGCAUUCCAGCUUCAUGAAGACUUAAUGAAAGUUCUUAAUGAGCUUUACACAGUCAUGAAAACAUACCACAUGUAUCAUGCAGAGAGCAUCAGUGCAGAAAGCAAACUGAAGGAAGCAGAGAAGCAAGAAGAAAAACAGAUUGGGAGGUCAGGAGACCCUGUUUUUCAUAUACGACUAGAAGACAGGCACCAAAGACGGAGCUCUGUGAAAAAGAUCGAAAAAAUGAAGGAAAAACGUCAAGCAAAAUAUUCUGAAAACAAGCUGAAAUCUAUUAAGGCCCGUAAUGAAUACCUGCUCACCCUUGAAGCAACCAAUGCUUCCGUUUUCAAGUAUUAUAUUCACGACCUUUCAGAUUUAAUUGAUUGUUGUGAUCUUGGAUACCACGCAAGUCUGAACAGAGCCCUAAGGACGUAUCUUUCUGCAGAGUAUAACCUUGAAACUUCCAGGCAUGAGGGCCUUGACAUCAUAGAAAAUGCAGUUGACAGCUUGGAGCCACGAAGUGACAAGCAGAGAUUCAUGGAAAUGUUCCCCACUGCUUUUUGUCCACCAAUGAAAUUUGAGUUCCAAUCUCAUAUGGGUGAUGAGGUUUGUCAAGUCACUGCCCAGCAACCUGUGCAAGCAGAGCUCAUGCUUAGAUAUCAGCAACUGCAGUCACGAUUGGCCACUCUCAAAAUUGAAAAUGAGGAGGUUAAGAAAACAACAGAGGCUACUUUGCAGACAAUACAAGAUAUGGUCACCAUUGAAGACUAUGACGUGUCAGAAUGCUUUCAGCACAGUCGUUCAACAGAAUCUGUGAAGUCAACAGUCUCUGAGACAUACUUAAGUAAACCUAGCAUUGCAAAAAGGAGGGCUAACCAGCAGGAAACUGAGCAAUUCUAUUUCAUGAAAUUCAGAGAAUAUCUGGAAGGUAGUAAUCUCAUCACAAAACUUCAAGCAAAACAUGACUUGCUGCAAAGGGCACUUGGAGAAGGUCACAGGGCUGAAUAUAUGACAACAAGGCCUCCAAAUCUUCCCCCUAAGCCCCAGAAACACAGGAGGUCCAGACCCCGAUCACAGUAUAGUGCUAAGUUGUUUAAUGGUGAUUUGGAGUCAUUCAUUAAGGAUUCAGGACAAGUCAUUCCUCUCAUCGUGGAAAGCUGUAUCAGAUUUAUCAACUUAUACGGUCUUCAGCAUCAGGGAAUUUUUAGAGUGUCUGGUUCCCAGGUGGAGGUGAAUGAUAUUAAAAAUUCAUUUGAGAGAGGUGAAAAUCCUUUGGCAGAUGACCAAAGUAACCAUGACAUUAACUCAGUUGCUGGAGUACUGAAGCUCUAUUUCCGAGGGCUGGAAAAUCCUGUCUUUCCUAAGGAAAGAUUUAAUGAUCUUAUUUCUUGUAUCAGAAUAGACAAUCUCUAUGAGAGGGCUCUUCACAUCCGCAAACUCCUCCUCACUUUGCCCAGGUCGGUCCUUAUAGUGAUGAGAUACCUCUUUGCCUUCCUCAAUCACCUUUCACAGUACAGUGAUGAAAACAUGAUGGAUCCAUACAAUCUGGCCAUUUGUUUUGGGCCAACCCUGAUGCCUGUUCCAGACAUACAAGAUCAGGUGUCCUGUCAGGCACACGUGAAUGAGAUAAUCAAAACUAUCAUCAUCCAUCAUGAGGCUAUUUUUCCAGAUGCUAAGGAACUUGAUGGCCCAGUGUAUGAAAAAUGCAUGGCUGGAGAUGACUACUGUGACAGCCCGUACAGUGAACAUGGUACAUUAGAGGAAGUGGACCAGGAUGCCAGUACAGAGCCCCAUACCAGUGAAGACGAAUGUGAGCCCAUAGAAGCUAUAGCCAAGUUUGACUACAUUGGAAGAUCUGCACGAGAACUCUCUUUCAAAAAAGGAGCUUCCCUUCUCCUGUAUCAUCGAGCAUCUGAAGAUUGGUGGGAAGGAAGGCACAAUGGAAUCGAUGGCCUUGUCCCUCACCAGUACAUAGUGGUGCAAGAUAUGGAUGAUACUUUCUCUGAUACACUGAGCCAAAAAGCAGACAGUGAGGCCAGCAGUGGACCUAUAACUGAGGACAAGUCAUCAUCAAAGGACAUGAAUUCUCCCACAGAUCGUCAUUCUGACGUGUAUUUAGGAAGGCAAAGAAAGAGAUCAGAACCUCCACCUCCUCUAAGACGCCCCGGCAGAAGCAGUGAUGGUCACUGCCCAGUACACCCCCCUCACCCUCUCUCCAAUUCAUCCGUGGAUCUGGGAUCCCCCAACCUGGCAACUCACUGCAGUCCCAGAACCCUCCUUCAAAACCGCAACCUCAAUGCAGACAGCCCUGAAAGGAGACGUAGGCCUGGGCAUGGCAGUCUCACCAACAUCAGUAGGCAUGAUUCUCUGAAGAAGAUUGAUAGCCCUCCAAUCAGAAGAUCUACAUCGUCUGGUCAGUACACAGGUUUCAAUGAUCAUAAGCCACUGGACCCCGAGUCAAUAGCUCAGGACAUUGAGGAGACCAUGAACACGGCGCUGAAUGAGCUGCGGGAGCUGGAGCGGCAGAGCUCCGCCAAGCACGCCCCGGACGUCGUGCUGGACACCUUGGAGCAGAUGAAGAACAGCCCCACCCCCGCCACCUCCACAGAGUCACUGAGCCCUCUCCAUAGCGUGGUUUUACGGAGCUCUGAGCCUCAGAUUCGCCGUAGCACUAGUUCUUCCAGUGACACCAUGAGUACUUUCAAGCCCAUGGUGGCCCCUAGAAUGGGAGUGCAGCUGAAACCUCCCGCUCUUAGGCCGAAACCUAUUGUUCUUCCAAAAACCAACCCUAGCAUAGGGCCUUCCCCUCCUUCCCAGGGUCCAGCAGACAAAUCUUGCACAAUGUAGAAGCUCAGCCACCCACAGUGCCCGGCUGGAGUAUGCUAGGGAAAGAAAUGGAUUAACGAUAGAAGUCAGGGCUCCAUAACGUCAUUUGUUCAUGUUUAUAACUGGAGAGGCUUUGUUUUUCAGUGUUUUUGAAUGUAUUGUCUGAGAGUAGCUACAUUAACAUGGGCAUUUGUAUUUUGUAUGGUUUCAAUUAAAAGAAAAACUGGACAAUUGUGCAUCAUUUUAAAAGAAAACAAACGUAGACUUACUUGAAAACUUGAUGCUGCACCGUUUGUAAUAAAAUCAACACGGAUCACAAACAGCUUGCCACGUUGUACCGUACUUCACAGUCUUACUGUAACUGUGUAAUAACAGAUCCUGCACAAAAGUGAGGGGCAGGGAGGGGGGUAUCGGGGAGGUGGAACCUCUCAUUUCCGGGUCACCAAAACAAUUCUGAAGCAAGUUAGGAAGAGCUCAAAUACAGCACGUGAGGGUUAAGUGUCUGUGUGGAAUGUCUAAGUCAUCUCAGGCCACAGUUCCUAUUUAAGACACACACAAAGAAAAAAAGCCACCACAGCUCUCACAGUUGGCACCAGUUUUUAGCUUUCUUGUUGUCAGUCUCACUUUGGGACAGGUGCUGAAUAGAUCUGGAGAUCACACUGCUCUGCUCUCACUGAUAAAAAGCGGCAUUCCAGGUCACAGCUAACGCAUCUCCAGGAUAGUGUCAAGAAACUCCUCUCGCCACCACCCUAGACCUUCAUUCCCUGAUACUGCAUUUUUCACUAAAGCUAACUUAAUUUAAAGUUGCUAGCUGGGCGAGCCAGGCUCUGGGAAGCAUGUGACUCUGUCGGUCCAUUUGGCAGGCUGGUAGGCAGUUAAAAGGAUCAGCUACGCAGUCAUUCAGCAAAGUAUCCCAUUGACUUUAUUGCUCAGUGGCCGAUUAAAAAUGUGAUUUGAGCUGCGGCAGUCAGAGUUUGAGCUGCCCCAGUGCCGCUGUGCUGACUGCAGCCCCAAAGGGUACUCUGCAGGCGGGCUGCCCCAUGCAGGGCUGGGCUCACCCACGGGACAGGCAGCUGUUAUACCACCUGGAUUCAACCUGACUCAGGUUUUCCAUGACCACUUUUUCCCCUCUUGUUUGUUUUUUCUUUUUACGGCAGAAAUCAGUACCUUUCUUAUGCCUCUGUGUGAGUGAAGACUGUCAGCUUCGCUUAGCACUCUGUUGUUGAGCUUUGCUCCACAUGAUGUAAAUGUACGGCUGCUCAGCACAUUGCAGCAGUAAGCCAUCAUAUGAUUUCUGUGAAUAAGAUUUCCAACAUCCAACCCAUAAAAUAAGUUCUAGUGAAGAGGAUGGGGAAAAAAAAUCCGUAGUAGUUCAGCUAUGGGAGUAGAACAGGCUUUAAGUGAGAUCUCUCUUUCCAUGCGUUUUUUAAGACCUCGCAAAUGGAGAGCUCUAAGUUGCCCCAUUCACUGCACGUAAUUCAGUCUGGGAGAGGAAGAGUGGUGACAGCUUUUGAUACAGACAGCUACUGAGGUGGUGUAAUUUAGGAGCAACUUACUUCUGCUGUGAUUUACACUCUGUAGAGAGAGAACGCGAAGCCCCAGAGAAAAGCAUCCCAUUAAAUGCGUUGGAGAGCCCACCUGUCUGGGCUCUCCCACCACUCCCACUAUGUGCAAACCCAUCAUCAGCCCCACUGCAGGCUGUCCUCUGUCCCAGUGAGAAGCAAAGUCCGGAUCCCCAGAGCACAGCGCAGGCGGUGGCUCCCCAGCCUGGUUAGUGCUGCUCUCUGGGGUCUGCACGCUCCUUUGGGACCAGGAGAUAAGUGCCAGUGGUUCCUCAGUUUACCAGAAACAGUGAAGCAAACUGGAAUUCCAGCUGUCAUUGACAUGCAGUUGUAGUCUAGCGUUCUUAAAAUAACCUACCUGGCAUAAUUGAGAUGGAUACCUGUAUCUUUAAAUUGCAUAGGGAAUUUUGUAUGUUUAAAUAACUGUACUGAACUCCAUAAUGCUUAUAUUAGAAAUUGUUUAGCAAAAGAAAAUAUUAGAAACAGUGCAUUUAGUGAAUGCAUCCACUUAGUGCAUUCACACAGUUAAAUGUGUAGUUCGAUGGUAAUUAUAGAUACUUAAAAGUAUAGUAAGUGGAUAUGUAACAGGAAAGACUGCUACAACUACAGACGUACUAAAGGGUAACUCCUGCACACCUAAUCGAGUCAGUAUUGUCCUUUACUGUCAAGUUUGAUGAAUUGCAGUACUGGUAGCUUCCUGCUUGUUGACUGUUACCUACUUGUGUCAAUGUACAUCUGUAGUAUGUACAUGUGAAAGUGCCUUUAAAUUUUAGAGGAGCUUUAGCCUUGCUCUUGUACUGUUGCAUUUCCAUUGCAUCCUUCCCUGUUCGUGUAUGGCUGCAUUCCCAUUGCAUUCCUUCCAUUCUCGAAGAACAAACAAAAACAUGGAUACUUCACGGUUCUGGAAGAGAAAUGCACUGUUAAUCUGUUGUGACAAUGCACUUUUAUGUAUAGUACUGUACAUUUUGGCAUGUACCAUUACAAGCUUCAGUAUACAUUCAGGUUUGUUCCUCAUAGUGUAUCUUUAUAAUAAAGAAGAUAGUUCUGUC